AUGGAAGCGUUACGAAAGAAUGGUCCUUGUUGCAUAUGCAUCACCAAAAAUAAAAACUGUCCGAAAAAUUGCGAAUUUUCGGAGUAUUUUCCAUAUGAAUUGAAAGAUCAGUAUGAAAGUGCUAAUAAUUUGUUUGGCACUCCAAAUAUCAUUAAGACGAUGAGACGUGCUCCUGAGAAAGAAAAACAAAUGCUUGCAACUUCCAUAAUCGUGGAAGGUAAUGCAUGGACGAAAGAUCCAGUAAGGGGUGGAUUUGGCAUGGUGAGAAAUCUCAUGUGGAAGACUGUACUACACAAAGCCUACCUCCAUGAAUUGGAAGAAAAAAUUAAGGAAGGAAAGAAAAAGACCGAGCUUCAUCUUUAA